AGAUACAACUCCAUACAGCAGUAUGUGAUUUCUAGCACUCCAACCAUGGAAAUUGGGAAUUUAUCCGGAGUUGCGAUGCUUCUUAUCCUCGCUUUAUCCUCCACUAAUGGAAAUCCGGAAACCUCGGCAACUUCUGUGGGGAAUCUGACAAGAUCUAAAAGUGCAAGACAAGCAGAGAGUUAUUAUGAAAAAUACGAAGGCUUGGCCGUGGCCAGCAACGAUCUCGGAAAAUUCAAGGAUUUGCUAUCCCCGAUCCUCAAGCGACGAGUUUCUGGGACUCCGGCUCACGCUGCUGUCAGACAACACGUAUCAAAAACUCUGACGGACUACGGAUUCACCGUGUGGCAUCACGAAUUCAAGGACAGAGUGCCCGUCGUAGACCUGGUCAUUAGAGGUCAAGAACUCAGUUUCACCAACAUCGUCGCAACGUAUCAUCUGGACAACACCAACGGCCCUAAACGCAAAAAGCUGAUCCUAGCUUGUCACUACGAUUCCCUGUACGCGCACGCACUCAGCUCAUUCGUUGGUGCCACGGAUUCUGCCGUACCGUGCGCCAUCUUGCUUGACAUCGCACGAGUUCUCGCACCGCUGCUCUCCAAGGUCGAAAACUUAAUAUUCAAGCGGGCGUCGGGUGGACGCUGCAAUAGACGGGUGGCCCGACACCCAAGGGAGAUGGAAAACGACACAUUGGGAGUCGGGGCCGACGCAUAA